AUGGAUACUUCAAGCCCUUCAGCUUUCGUGAACGGAUCUCUCAUGAGGCGAUACAUCGGCCAGAAAGUCAGAACCGUGGUGCAAGUCAUCGGUUCAGACGUCGGAUCCGUUGUCGGAAAAUCUACCGACGAUCUUCAGAUCUUCGUAAAGGGAUCGCCACCCACUACUCCUACUACUUACCUCGAGGUUAUUGGUAUUGCAGAGAGUGAGAACUCCAUACGAGCUGAAGUUAAGACCAAUUUCGGAAACAAUUUUGAUCCACUCAACUACAACGAGCUGUGUAAGCUAGCAAACGGGGAGUUCAAGCAUUUUUUCAUCUAA